GCAGGGGAGAGGACCAGAGCAAGGGCACCGCCAAAUGUAACACGAACGGAGAGUACGGUCCGGGAGGCGCCGCGCACCGGGAGCAGCCUUCCACCAUGGAGGGGAAACCCAAGCAGGCUUACGGCGCAGAGCAGAAGGCGGACGGCAGUGUGGUCUCGGCGGGGCAGAGGAGGGAGACGGGGGACGAGCCGGAGAGGAACCGCCAGCAGCAGCAGGGCGGCAAGGAGCAGAACUCGGUGGGCUUCAAGAUCGAAGGGGGAGCUGCGGGAGACGAUCCGAUGUUCGGACAGGAUGGCGAGGACUUCCCGCAGUACAGCUCCAUGCAGAGCCACUUCACCGCCCUGCUCCAACCUGGAGUCAACAAGUUUUCCCUGCGGAUGUUCGGCAGCCAAAGGGCAGUCGAGAAAGAGCAGCAGCGGGUCAAAACGGCCGGUUAUUGGAUUAUACACCCCUACAGCGAUUUCCGGUUUUACUGGGACUUGAUAAUGCUGAUGCUUAUGGUUGGAAAUCUCAUAAUUAUUCCAGUGGGAAUCACCUUCUUCACAGAAUCAACAUCCACCAUUUGGAUUAUUUUUAAUGUUGCAUCUGAUACCUUCUUCCUUUUGGACUUGAUAGUCAAUUUUAGAACUGGAAUUGUUGUGGAGGACAAUGCUGAAAUCAUAUUGGACCCCAAGGUGAUCAAGUGGAAGUACUUGAAGAGCUGGUUUAUAAUAGAUUUUGUCUCUUCUAUACCAGUGGAUUAUAUAUUUCUGAUUAUAGAGAAAGGAUUUGAUUCUGAUGUUUACAAGACUGCUAGAGCACUAAGAAUUGUGAGGUUUACAAAAAUCCUCAGCCUCUUACGAUUGUUACGGCUUUCAAGACUUAUUCGAUAUAUACACCAAUGGGAGGAGAUAUUCCAUAUGACAUAUGACUUUGCCAGUGCUGUGGUGAGAAUAUUUAACCUCAUUGGAAUGAUGCUUCUGUUAUGCCACUGGGAUGGUUGUCUCCAGUUUCUAGUUCCAUUGCUUCAGGAUUUUCCCCCUGAUUGUUGGGUGUCCCUAAAUGGUAUGGUUAAUGAUUCAUGGGGGAUGCAGUACUCCUAUGCACUGUUCAAAGCGAUGAGUCACAUGCUUUGCAUUGGCUAUGGAGCUCGGGCACCAGUGUCGAUGUCUGAUCUCUGGAUAACCAUGCUGAGCAUGAUAGUUGGAGCUACAUGCUACGCAAUGUUUGUUGGCCAUGCGACAGCUCUCAUCCAGUCCUUAGACUCAUCAAGACGACAGUACCAGGAAAAGUACAAGCAAGUAGAACAAUACAUGUCCUUCCACAAGUUGCCCGCUGAUAUGCGGCAGAAGAUCCAUGAUUACUAUGAGCACCGUUACCAAGGCAAGAUUUUUGAUGAGGACAACAUUCUGGAGGAAUUAAAUGAUCCACUUCGGGAGGAGAUCGUCAAUUUCAACUGUCGGAAACUGGUUGCCACCAUGCCCCUGUUUGCAAACGCUGACCCAAGUUUUGUGACAAGCAUGUUAAGCAAGCUGAGAUUCGAAGUGUUCCAACCUGGAAAUUAUAUUGUGCGGGAAGGGUCCAUUGGGAAGAAAAUGUACUUCAUUCAACACGGAGUGGCUACUGUCAUCACUAAAUCAAACAAGGAAAUGAAGCUGUCAGAUGGUUCUUACUUUGGAGAAAUCUGCUUACUAACAAAAGGCCGCCGUACAGCCAGUGUGAAAGCUGACACCUACUGCCGACUCUACUCCCUCUCCGUAGAUCAUUUCAACGAAGUGCUGGAGCAGUACCCAAUGAUGCGAAGAGCAUUUGAAACUGUGGCAAUCGACAGACUGAACAGAAUUGACUGAACUACAUCCAGAAUACAGGGAAAAAAGGAGGGUUCAUCUGGAAAGAUAGGGAAGAAGAACUCUCUCUUAUUACAUAAAGUUCAAAGAGAUCUGAACACUGGUGU